AUGGCAGAUGACAAGGACGUGCUGCGAGAUGUUUGGUUUGGUCGGAUUCCGACCUGCUUCACACUUUACCAGGAUGAGAUCACAGAGAGAGAAGCCGAACCCUUCUAUGUAAGUAUGACAUCACGCAGACUAGUACUCUAUAAAAAAAAAAACGGAUGUUGCUUUGCUGGACAAUGCCAGUGGAGGCUGCUGAGGGGAGGACGGCUCAUAAUAAUGGCUGGAACGGCGCGAAUGGAAUGGCAUCAAACUCAUGGAAACCGUGUGUUUGAAUUAUACAUUUACAUUUACAUUUUAGUCAUUUAGCAGACGGUCUUAUCCAGAGCGACUUACAGUUAGUGAGUGCAUACAUUUUUAUUUUUUAUACUGGAAUCGAACCCACAACCCUGGCGUUGCAAAUGCCAUGCUCUACCAACUGAGCUACAUCCCUGCCGGCCAUUCCCUCCCCUACCCUGGACGACGCUGGGCCAAUUGUGCGCCGCCCCAUGGGUCUCCCGGUCGCGGCCGGCUAUGACAGAGCCUGGAUUAUUUGAAUACAAUUCCGCUCCAGCCAUUCCACGAGCCAGUCCUCCCCAAUUAAGGUGCGACCAACAUCCUGUGCAAUGGACAUGGCUUUUGUGACAUAGGUCUAGCUAAUUCAGAUCACACACAUGAUGACUACUGAGCUGGCUUGAGCCAUGGACUCUUGCGGGAGCAUAGAUUGAGCACCUUGCUUCUCCCCCUCUCUGCUGUUCUCUCCACAGCUCCUCCUACCAAGGGUGAGCUACCUGACUCUGGUCACAGACAAGGUGAAAAAGCACUUCCUGAAGGUCAUGAAGGCAGAGGAUGUAGAGGAGAUGUGGUUUGAUUUCGAGGGAACGCCACUCAAAUGGUGGGUGAGCUUUAAAUGACGACUUUGAGGGCUAUGUGUGUUGUAAAUCAUUAACUUGUUUUAAUAACCACUAGUGAAGAUAAUGGUUAGAAUUCCCUGUGCCCCUCUGUAGAAACAUGUGUCCUAGCACAGCAGUAAAGUAAAUAUUUUACAGAUCAACUCGCCUCCUGUCAUCAUAAUCAAUGAGGAGACUACAUACCAAUUGUCUGCAGUAUUACAUUUCAGGCACCAGGUGGCAGCCCAACACAAGCAUUGGACAUUUGGUUGGACAUAAGGGUCCUAAUCUUAAAUUGACAUACACACGUAACUCAGACCUUUGGGUAAAUAAGGUGUUGAUUUAAAUUAUUUCCUUUCAAACCUAUUAAGCGGUUACUUAGGAUCCAGCCCAAGGUGAAGGAGAGGAUAACUCAUUAUGAUUCAGGGUUGGAAUAGAAUGAAGCCCUGUUUCCUCUACUAAUGUGGUGUGGCUGUGUUUAUUCAUUGCAGGCACUAUCCAAUCGGAUUGCUGUUUGACCUGCAUGCCUCCAACACUGCACUGCCCUGGAGCAUCACUGUGCACUUUAAGGUACAACACAGAAUUUGUUUUGCAGCAAGUAAAUGUAGAAUCCUCCAAAUGCUGGGCUGUAUACAGCAGGGGUUGGAACCGAAAUUAUUUUCCAAUCGUUUUGCUCUGAAUAUAACAAAUUUUUUUUCAUUUCCGUUUCACUGUUCCGACCCCCCAAAAAAAGAGUUCUGAAUCGGUUCGAACUAAAAAAAAGUAACGGUUUAUAUCGUUCCUUCCUGUUCUUUUUUUAACCUAUGAAAUCAACAGUUUUUAAAAAACAUUUAGCUAAUUCAAUUACUUCACCAGUCAGUGCGACAAGCUAGUUGUUUACAUGCAUGAUGGAUAGACCAGUGUAGCCUAUGGCGCAAGAUGCGACAGAAAUUUUGAGGGUGGGGAGAGAGGGUUGAAUAGGAGGCUUGAAGCGCUGGGCAUCUUGUUAUGAUAUGCAUUAUAUGAAUUAGGUCCACAGAAUUAUACCUAGGAGGAGCGGCUUCUAUGGAGGAACUUUGAAUGUCCUUUAAGGUAGCUAGCUAACAAGCUUGAGCUAGCAAGCUAACAAGCCUGUGUGUGCAGAGUGGCACCAGAAUUUAAAACACGCCUUACCUUUUUGUAGUUAAUAAAUCUAACGUGAAACAUUAUAUCUAGGCCUAUAUUAUACUUAAUUAGCAUUGAAAAAGUUAAUCAGUUUUUCUCUAGCUAAUUAAAAAUCUAUCUUCCUAUCUUCUGAAUCAAGCUUGUAAUGUCAGUACAAUCACCAGCCUAUGCUUCAGACGGGGGAGGGGCAGGUAGCACAUGCAAAGAUUUUCAGCUUGCAGGCAGACACUGGAAUACGUUUCUGAGUGACAAGGUGAGGGCUUUGCAUGGGCGCUUUGUUGUGUUUUGUUGUGGGACUAGAAAAAAAUGCCUGGAACGUCAAAUAACGUUAUUAACCGGUUCCCAUGCUUUUAAAAUAACGGUUCUGUUUCGAAACAGUAUGGAUCACUUUUGUUCCUUGAAAUGUUUUGUUAUUUUCCGGUUCCGGUUCCCUGAACCGGUUCCAACCGCUGGUAUACAGUGCUAAAAAUCAGUCCUGCCUGUGUGGUUUCUCUGCGGUAGAAUUUCCCAGAGUGUGACCUGCUCCACUGCCCCUCUAACUCUGUGAUCGAGGCCCACUUCAUGUCCAGCAUCAAGGAGGCGGACGCCCUCAAACACAAGAGCCAGGUCAUCAACGACAUGCAGAAGAAAGACCACAAGCAGCUGUGGAUGGGCCUGCAGAACGGUGAGGGCCACACACACAGACACACACACACACACACACACACACAUACUUAAGUAUUUACUUUGGGACUCUGUACCCUUAUUUUGCCCCUCUAUUCAACAACCCCGAAACCCUACCACUCAAACCCACACCACCCACACUCUCUGAACAGUGUCUUUGCCUCAGCUGCAAAGUUGUUGUUUUUUCUCACUUACCAAAAUAUACUCUUUUGGAGGUUUCCAUAACCAAAACAGACCAGAAACAGAGAGAGAAAGAGACAGUUACAACUCCACCCAGAAGAGAAAGCAGAUCUGAAAUAUUUCAAAAGCUAAAAUUGUGUGAAAGUGAGAUACAGGGGAGGGGAGUUAGAAACCAGGACAGGUUAAAAGGGUUUCAGAAGCCUUGUAGAGCAGCCUUGUAGAGCUGGUUAAAAACAAAAAAGGAGAUGGGGACAGUUUGUAUGUAAAUGUUGUUGUGUUGUGUUCCUCAGAUAAGUUUGACCAGUUCUGGGCCAUGAACCGUAAGCUGAUGGAAUACCCCACAGAAGAGGGAGGCUUCCGCUACAUCCCCUUCAGGAUAUACCUGGUAAAUGGGCUGAUACAUGUCUUGUUGACAUCAAAAAAUAAAUUUCAAUGAUGUUGACAUCAACAUGCAGUGUGACCUGCAGUGUGGCAUCACUGGUACUGUUGAUAGAUGA